AUGAUGAAAAGCGUCCUGUCUUGGUUGUUAGUGCUGUUAUCAGUGCUAAUAUCUCUGAGCGACGUUAACGCAUAUCCGAAGCUAGAUUCCCUUAGGAGCAAGAAUGGCUAUCAGCAAGGACUUAAAGAUUUGUCGUGGGAAUCCUCCGACCAGUUAGAGAACAAUCGCGAACCCCGAGAGAAGAUUCUGAAAAAAAUACAAGAGGUCCUCGGUAUUCGGAAUCAAAGUGAGAAUCUGGAGCAUCACAAAAUACCGCAAUUCAUGAUGGAACUCUAUAAUACCGUCACCGAUUCCAGCGAGGACACGCAAUGUCAGAAUCCUUAUAACGCCAAAAUCGUGCGCAGUUUCAUCGAAAACGACACUUCUCUAUCGAAUUUUUAUUUCUUCAAUGUCUCGGAUCUGGAGAUAAACGAAUCGGUAUUGGGAGCCGAGCUGCAUCUCUAUCGGAAAAAAACGCCAUUGGAGAAUUUUUCUCCAUAUCCUUAUUAUCUGAUAAGAUUGUAUCAAAUCUUGGAUGACCGCAGCCUAGAUGCGCCGAAUCUUCAUAGAUUGUUGAAUGUUUAUUAUGUCGGUGCGCACACUUUCGGUUGGCAGGUGUUCAACGUAACACAGGCCGUUCUCGCAUGGUUGAACGGCGAACCAAAUUUGGGACUCCUGGUGACGGCGUCGAAUCUGUUUGACAACAAAGUAUCAGUAGAAUUUUCUCGUCGAAAUGAUUAUCAUCAUAACAAACAGCCAAUAUUGGUACUCUUUGACGAUAUUAACAGCAAUCGAUCUAGCAAAUCUUCUUAUUACACUUACGGAAAUCAGAUCAAGGACCGAGAGAUAGAGAAAGAGAGCAAGGAGGAAGAUUAUAAAGAGGAGGAGAUUAAUUUGAAGGACUAUAUUGAUGACUAUAACGAGCUGAAGCACUAUACCAAAUUAAGGAGAUUAGGAGAAAACGGUCAAUCUGAGGAAGUUUUGCUGGCACAUAGACGCGAGCCAGAAUUCUUCCAACGGCCAAAGAGAAGACGCGAAAGAAAGAAUAAGAAAUGGAAAAAGAAUUCUUCCAACGGCCAAAGAAAAGACGCGAAAGAAAGAAUAAGGAAUGGGAAUGAACCUGACGAUUAUGACAAUUCUCAAGAUCAGGUAUCGAAAACGUGGAAGCAUUUGGGAUUGGAAGCGGCGAUGAGGCGUCGUCGUCGCGAUGUCACGUCAUCCAAGAAACAUACCGCCAGAAUUGUGUCGAAGAAUCACACGAAAAAGAUCUCGAGAAUCUUGACAUCGAUGGAUAUUUACGAGAGAGCGGAGUUUCGCGAGCUGCUAGGUAAAAGGACGCUUAAUCAAUCGAUCACAAAACAACGUCGCUCAGUGGAUAAUGAAUACACAUUAACGACACAACUAAACACGACCGAGACGUGCACGAGACACGAGCUCUACGUCGAUUUCCAGGAGAUCGGGCUGUCUUCGAUAAUCGCGCCGCCCGGCUACUCCGCUUAUCAGUGCAAGGGUGUGUGCGAAUCACCUCUCAGUCAGGAUCAACGGCCGACGAAUCAUGCGACGAUACAGGCGAUCGUACACAAAGUGGGCCUGGUGAAGGAUGUCGAGAAACCCUGCUGCGUGCCGAUCAAGCUGCAGAGCAUCAGUAUCCUCUUCUUUGACAAUAAAAACGUCGUGCUCAAAAACUACGAGGACAUGGUCGCGGACCGUUGCGGAUGUCGUUAAGCAAAAAGACUGAAAUUUGCUCGUGAAUUCCAUUCUGAUCGCAAAGAUACAUGAUUUAAUGUUAUGAGAAGAAACGGUGAUAUUUAAAGAACAGAUGUAACCGGGCAUCGGCAUAAAUAGAGAAAUCUCUGUAAAUCUGACAAAAUUAUAUACUGUAAUCUAUAAUAUGAAAAUUCUUUUGUUUUUAUAAUUGGCAUAAAAUAAUGUGCUAAUCAUUUAUAAUCGCUGAUUUUUCCUCUUUUUAUUGCAAAUAAUUACUUACACAAUCACACCUCAAACGGAAGUAAUUGAUUUUUAUUGUAAAUAGUUAUGCUGUUGGCUGAUCGUAUCGUUUUUUAAUUCUCCUGUAAUUCAAUUAUUCAAAGGAUUUCAGUAUAUAAACUAAAACUCUUUAUAUUAUUAAUCAUUGCCUUUAACACGGAGAGUUCUCUUAGCACUCAUUUUCAAAGAAAUUUAAAAUCCAAUCCUUAAAUCGAUAUGCUAUAACACAACUACUUGCAUAUAAGAACAUUCCCAAAAGCGUGUAGUAUGAUACGCGGUAUGUAUUAACGAGUAUAUAUAUAUAUAUAUAUAUAUAUAUAUAUGUAUAUCCAUAUUAGUAUUACGUAAGCGUCGUUAAAUUAUUGUUAUGAUGGAAGCUGAACGAAGAAUAGACUGUUCAAUUGUACAUGUACAUAUGUAACGCAUGUUUCGCCGAACUUAUUUAUAGCCAAGCAAGAACACAAAAACGAAAUAAAUGAUAAUUUAGCAACGUCA